GUUGCGUCACUGUCAAAAAUGAACCAGGACGUACCCAGCAUGCACAGCGCCUACACCAAAGCAAAGAUGGCAGCGUUGUACAAGGUUGCAUGCCGCUGGUCCAGCGGAACAUGUGUAUUUCGUAGACCAGCACUUUAUUCGCCCAGAAAUUUAUACAGCAGUGAUUCCAGCACUCCCAUCGAAGGCCAGGGCGAGACCGAAUCCCAACAACCCGUUGCCGAGAAGCCAAAAAGUGGCUUUGCCGUGGCCUACGAGCUCCAUUCCGACCUCCGUCAGCAGCAGCAGCAGCAAGACAGCGGUCCCUCUCCAAGCCGUGUCAGCUCCACAACAACCCGGGACGAGACGUCCUUCGCAUCGCUGCUGCGACACUCUCCGCUAGUACAGAUGGGCCCGGCGAAAGACAAAAUUGUACUGGGGAAAAUCUUUCACGUAGUUGGGGACGACCUCUACAUCGACUUCGGCGCCAAGUUCCACUGCGUGUGUAAGCGACCCUCCACCGACGGUGACAAGUACCAGCGGGGGACCCGGGUGAGACUCCGUCUGGAGGAUUUGGAGUUGACGUCCCGAUUCCUGGGGGCUACGACAGACACCACUCUUCUGGAAGCAGAGGCGCAUCUUUUGGGACUGGCAGGGGAGGCAAAGCCGAAAGCCUGAACUGACUGCGAUGCUGCUUCUGUUUCCUGCAGAGACGCUUGUUUGGUGGACUUGCCUUUCAUUUCGAGGGAUGCUACAUCACUGAACUGUGCACUUGGCUAUAUUCGUAAUAUUCGUGUUGAUGUCAUGAGUUUAUCUAUUAAAUUAACUAUUCCUGUA